AUGGCAUUAUGGCACGAUGACCAGGGUUUCCGUCCUAGCUUAAAGGGAAAUGUUUACAAUGUCCAGAGCCCAGAUAUCUUGCAAGUGAAGAAGGAUGGCCUCAAAUUUCUUGCAGCAGGAACUCGCUUAAGUGACAACAACAUUGACUUGCAAAUACAUCUACAGAAGGAAAGAUGUGAUGGCAUCUACACCAUAAAUCUGAAGAGCACCUGGAAGCAGCUUCUGCUGUUGGCUCAUGCCAUUGUUGCCAUGGGAGAUGUGGCUGAUGUCAGUGUCACAUCCUCCAGGAAUACUGGCCAGGGGGAUGGGCUGAAGUUUGCUGCUGCUAGCAGAACCACUCCUACUGUUGGGUGCUUGGCUUCUGGAAGCUUCACUAGCCAGAUGCAGGCAGCUUCCCAGGAGUCACAUGUUUUGAUGGUUACUGAUCCCAGGGAUGGCCACCAGCCUCUCAAAGACAUGUCUUAUGCUAACCUGUGUACAUCACUCUAUAACCCAUCCAUGCCUGAUUUCUACUUCUACAGGGAUCCUGAAGAGAUUGAAAAGGAAGAUCAGGUUGCUGCCAAAAAGACUGUGACCAAGGAGGGAUUUCAAGGCAAAUGUACUGCUACUCAACCUGAGGUCUGA